CCUUGAGCAUGCAUUAGGGCAUGGAAAAACCGAGUGAGUCGGAGGCUGGAACAAGGAUUAUUUUCGUAAUUCACAAGUAGCAAAUCUGCUUCUGCAGCGAGGUAACCCAAGAAAGAUGAAGGAGAUUUUAUUUUGCGGUUCCAUUGAUUUGGGUUAGGAUGCUUGCAGGCUCGCUUUCGGUGGAUUUGUCAUUCGAAGUUCCACACCUGUCUGUCUCUGUCCGAUGAGGGUGCUGGCGAGUAGCAGAACAAGAGGCCACCGACGCGCAGCCGCGUUGCUGCAUAAAGUGCGGCCGUCAGUCGCUUGUCUGGGUAGCAGAUUAGAAGGCAUAAAUGCAGAAAAGCUUCAUUCUGUUCAUUCACAAUCCCCGACUAGAGGAUGCAAUGUUCUGGUUCGUACCUUCUCUUUCGUUCGCGCAGCUCCAGAUCCGUCCACAAGCGCGCCUGCCCUGAGCAUCACGCCAUUAGAGGUUUUAGCUUUGCCCGAGCUUCGUUUCCGAGGAAGGUUGGUUGUGAUCGCAUCACAGGCGACUGAGCGACAGCACGAAGCACUCAUUCGCCAACACUUUUUCAAGCCAGGAGCGCUCGUAGGGUUUGAUUCAGAAGCAAAACCGGCCCUUUUUGGUCGCAGAAACCGUACUGCGCUCAUCCAGAUGGCCACGGAUGAGCUAUGCGUUGUCUGGCGCAACCCUCUCUUUGUGCAGCGAAACAAGGAGAAGCUAGGAUGCGAAGACUCUUCUAGAUCAACGUCUUCAGAAUCUUCCUCAUCUAGACCGUCUCCAUCGUCAAAGUCUGAGGAGUCGGAGUUUUUCUUCCCUUUGCUGACAGAAAUCCUGGAAGCAUCGUCGAUGAAAAAAGUGGCGCAGGGCGCGAACGGCGAAUUAGAACAGCUUAGUCGGGAAUUCGCGAUCGACGCACGCAAUUUUGUCUGCCUCUUCGAGAUCGCGCACCAGUUACAAACGAAUCCCCGGAGUCUACAGGGCCUAGUCGGUAUCUUUCUGAGGCAUCGACUGAAGAAGGACUUGCGCUGCUCGAACUGGGAACGAGAAGCACUAACAAAAGCGCAACUCGACUAUGCAGCCUGCGACGCGUACGCUGCUCACGCGGUGCUGCACCACUUGCGUACGCGUCAUACAGGCAGUGCGCGACUCCCAUGCAGUUUCGAGCGCGUACACGGCGCCACGGGGAUCGGCAGGACAGUGCGAGAUGUAUUGCGGGAACGCGACGACGGGAUUAGUUCACUCAAUGCAAGCCUUUCCCAAACGCAUGCCGAUGUUGAGAAUGCCCCUGUACUAGCAUCUUCCGUUUCAUCUGAUGAGGAAGAACUCGAAGAAAAGAAAGUCGAUGCUCCAGAAGUGAACUCCUCAGAACUACAAGAGGGACAUCCACAUCAUUCAGCAAUGCUCUUAUCGGGUGACGUGUUGCAACAGCUCACACAGCUUUGUGCAAAACGUGGUCUACGACUUAGAUCUGAAGGCUUCGAACUGGGAGAGCGUGGUCGCGGGUUUGUAGCGAGUUUCUCGCUUAAGGGGAAAAGGUAUGUGUCACGAGAAGCGCACGCAUCGAUAAGAGAAGCUCAGCGUGACUGUGCGAGGCUCAUUAUGAACGCAAUUUGGCCAGCACCCGCACCAAGAACAACUAAUUGUCUUUCCGAACAAGAGGAGAGGCCGGUUCAAUAUGUGGGGCAAGAUUAUUAAACCUGCAUGUUCUGGUUCAAACCACACAUAAUGAUGCCUUGGCAGGCACCGAAGAUUACGCCGAUCUAGUACUCAC